AUGUUGUAUAUAACCAAGAUCAUAAGCAAUGCUUGCCUGGCUAUGUUAAAUUGCGGAAUGUGCAUAACGGCAACAAAUAUGGCAAGAAAAUUUAUAGUGCAAGAAUAUGAAAUAUGUCCAAUGGAUCAUAGAGGUUGUAAUAAAGAAAAGUGGUAUUUCGCUUGCUUUUCAUUUGUUUUAUAUAUGAGUGCUUUAUUUGGAUGUUUUUUAUGUUUAUUUUUUAAAAGUUUGAACAGGAGAAAGUUUAUGUUACUUAUAAAUUAUUUAUUUAUGUUUGGUAGUUUAUUAACAAUAUAUAAUAAGCCUCAUAUAAUAAUAUUUUUAUUAACUCAAGCUUUUUUUGGGUUAGCUAUCGGAUGUUCCUUUGUUAUUGUAUGUUUUUAUGUUUUAGAGUAUUCUACAAAAACAUAUCAGAAUUUUUAUGGAUUUUAUUUACAAACAUUUUUUGCCUUAGGUAUGUUUAUAAGUUAUUUAUUUGGUGGUGCAUAUGAGAAUAUAAAAUUUGAUAAUUUAAGAAGAACACACAUAUUUUUGUAUACAUUAUAUAAAAUACAUUUUUUAUUACCUACAUUAUUUAGCUUAAUUUCUGUGUUGCUCUUCCAUUUUGUAUAUAAAAUGGAUACCCCUUUACAUUUAUAUGAGAAGAAAAGUUAUAAGAAAUAUGAAACUCUAAAAUCUAAAAUCAAUAUGGAACAAUUAGAUGAAGUAACAGAAUAUCAUAGGAAUAAAACAAAUAAAGAAGUGAGAUUUUUAAUGAGUGAUAUGUUAUUUAUAGAUUUCUGGAAUAAUAAAAAAUUAUUUAACACAUCUUUAAUAACAUCAUUAAUUUGUUAUUUAUAUUCAUUUAGUGGAUGUUUUAUUUUUUUUACAAAACCUUUCUUAUUUUAUAAAUCUUUUUCAACAAAUAUGGCUAAUACAUUUAUAUGUGUAGGAUUUAUAUUAUGGUAUAUUAUAUGUACAAUCAUAUCUACUAUCAUAUCACAAUAUUAUAAAAAGAGAGACUUACUCAUUAUAGGAUUAGUUUUACAAGUUAUAGCAUCUACAGCAAUGGUUGCAUCUUACUUUGUAACACUUACAAAUAUAACUAAUAAAAUUAUUAUAACAACAUCAAUAUUUUUAUAUUUUCUUGGAUUAUCAUUCGGAUUUGGGCAUAUUAUAUGGACACAUGUUUUUGAAACAUUUCCAAAUGAAUGUAGAAUACUAGCAGCAUUCUUUUCAUAUUAUGCACUUUUUAUUGGAGCUUUUAUUAUGUCAGCUUUAUUAGAAUUUAUAUCUAUUAAUCAUUACUCUUACCUUUUUAUUACCUUCCUUCUAUCUUUAAUCCUAUCCGUUAUAUGUUUUAAUUAUUUCCAAAAGGAAGAUGUAGUAGUGAUAGACAAGAGUAAAAGUUUUAAUGUAGAAGAGAAGGAUGAGGCACACUCAACAUCAUAG